CAUCUGUGCCGAUUUCAUUUGACCCUUCCCCGCACAUUGUCUCGCCUCGUCGUGCUGUUGCUUCCCUGGUACGCCAGAUAAACCAUUCCUUAUCAUUAACAAUUUAAAUAAUUUAGUUAAUCGUUAUUACUUGCAAUGAUAUGGUGGGCUAAAGGCCAAUAGAAAACGGUGGAUUCAAAAAGAAGCUUUAAAAAGGGAGAACAGAUUUGAUUUUGUGACGAUCAGAUGAGAUCAGUAUUGUUUGAGGUCUGAAACGAAAUGCUAGAAGCUUCUUCAACGCAUCGACGCUCAGCUUAUCUGAACGCGCUCACUCAAGAAAUCGAGAAGAAGCUUCAGCGGGCGCUAGCUUCUCCUUCGCAGAGACGCAACUUGUUGCAAGAGUUGUUUACUGAUGUGGCUCUAGAAAUUGAUGAUCGAGCCAGAGAUAUAAUUCUGAGCAAGGAAGAAUGUAUGAUUUAUUCUGCUGUGGAUGGUGCUAAUGGUCAACUAUGCUUUUAUGAUGUGCUUGCUGAUUAUUAUGUUCGGGUGCCUGAGAGUGGAAAUCAUAUCCUCGAUUUGAUUGUCCACCUGUGGAGCCAGUCGUUUGCAUCACAUAUUUUCGCCCUCUUGUUCCACAAAUGGCUAUUUGAAGUUCAAAUUGACAGUAAUGAAGUGCUCCUACGUUACUCAUCUGCUCUUGUACAAGGUGCUACAAAUGUUUUUUGGAUUGACAUCCAGGCAAACACCAGACGUUUCCAAUCCCUUUUUCGGUAUCUUUUUGAGGAAGUUGCAUUGGAGCACAAGCAAAUAAACAAAAUCCCUGGUCAGGUCCAACGCGAUCUGCUUCUUCUACUUUCAAGGUUUAUAAUUUUUUACAACUCAGCUGAUAAGCUUGAAAGCUUCUUAAAGCAGUUUCCUGUUUUUCCAAAUGCUUUUUUGGUUGGGAGUCCAGCUGACUUCUUUGUUAUUGAACUGACAGACCAGCUUCAAAAAUUGAAGGUGGAGCCAGUCCUGUUGCAUUACCUUUCACAGAUUAGAGUUCUCCAAGGCAUGGAACUUAGAAUGGCCACAAGUACGAGGUUAAAGGCAUGUUUGUAUAGCUUCACUUCUCCUGGUGGCCCUAUGUAUCCUACAAGAGCUGUUCGUCAUGCAGCCUGGGAUGCUUUGGACUUUCUCUACCCUGUUGGGCAGUACCCUCGGCAUCUGAUAAGUCUGUUUUUUCGACUUCUGUAUCCAUGGUACUGGCCCUCUUCUUGUUGGAACUUUAUAAUGUCUUGCAUAAAGGCUGUAGUAUAUACCCUGUUGGGGUGGGUCUUUUCCAGCUGGGAGAAGCUGAGGGAGCGAACGAAUUCCUAG